UUGAACCGAGAAAAACCAGUUGCGAAUUGAGCGUUCGCAAUAUCUGAGGGAGUUUUAUCUCAAGUACAUGGAAACAAAAUAUCUUAUCUAAUGCUAUUUCUCAAAUAUUUUGGUUAGAUUGUAAUCUUGAUGUGAAGUCCUGUGUCUCUCCGAAAGGUGAUAACAGACGUGUUUAAGGUACUGUGUGUAAAAUACACAGAGGCGAUGAAGUGGCCAACACUCCUUCAAGUUAUUUCGAUAUUUCAACUCGUGCUUCCCGAGAGUUUGGGAACAGGAUUUAUUUUCAAUGCAACGGCCGGAAACAUCUAUGAAGGAUGUUUUCAGUUGGGUACACCAUCAGACCUACAGCCUCCGUCUAGUAACUAUGAACUGUCUAAAAUGACGCCUUACAAGUGUGUCAUCCUGUGUUCUGUUACUAAGCGAAAACUGGCAGGCUUAACCAGCGGUGCACUGUGCGUAUGCUCAGAUACUGUGGCAGGACCAUCCUUGGCCUGUAAUCAGGCAUGCGCAGCGGACUCGUCCCUCAAUUGUGGUGGUCCAGGUGCACUAGGAAUUUUCAACCUCAGCAUGCUGCUCAGAAAUAAACCGCAACUUCAGUUUAGCAGCAAUCCAACGUUCUUGCAAGAGGGGCAAUACCAAGCGAUGACAGUCAACGAGACGACCAGUUAUCGGUAUCAACUUGCGUACAAAGCCACUGGAUUCCUCAAUGCAACAAACACUGAUCUCAUAUUCGGAAAUUCCUAUUCCUACCGACCCACUGCUUGGGGAAGUGACGUACAAUUAACGGUCGUUGUCCUUGGUAAGAUUCGUCAGGAAUUCCAAGAAACCGUUAAAGUGAGUUCACCGUUGAAUGAUUCAUCAAUUAAUUGCCCACAGUUUGUUACUGCUGGCCAUCCCUUUACAUGUACUGGACGGUUGAAUCUUGGCAAAGAGGUCAAUAUGACAUGGGAUUUAGGUGGAUUGUCUGGCUCAAUGAAUUUUGCAGAUCCUUUGAGUUGGUAUAUUGGUGAACCAGUUCCACGAUGGACUAUCCCUGAUCCUAGUGUUCAUUCUUUGGAUGGGUUCGUCAUAUUGACCGCGGGAGUUAGCCACCCUGUGGUUGUCUACGCGUGGGAAAUGAAUGUUCAGAAGCAAGGAUCGCUUGAUUUUGUGAUUUUAAGACCAACAUGCAGGGCAGGCACGACUUACUGUCCGGUAUCAUCAUCUUGCUGCGAAAUCAGUGGUCAAUUUUCAGCUGAACAAUGCAAUGAAGAAACCUCUUUUUGUGGAACAAGCACUAUCGGCGUUAAUUCAGGAAACUGCUCUUCCGGUGAUGUAAAUACUCCGGUAUCCUUGUUCAAAAAUUACACGGUAUAUCAUAAAUUCAAUUUUUCCGUGGACGUUGGUCACAACAUAGAGAUUUUGGAGCCAAGUAAAAGGUUUGAAUAUCUUCCUGGAGACAUCAUUGGUUGGAUGAAGACAUCAUCAAGCGCAACACUCGCUGUGGACACGAGUCAUGGUGAAUAUAUUGUCGUUGAAAGCAUUACAUCCCUGCCACAGCCUACUUCACAUGUUUACCUCUCGCAACAAUUGAAUAAGACGCACGGAACUGUUCUUUUUGCUGGUAUUGCAUCCAAACCCACAGAGUUUGUUGUGAACAUAACUGCACCAAGUACACAUGGAGAAAGAAAUAUAUCGUUUGCUCACAAAACGAGGGAGGAAACCCUCACGGUAACACGGCCAGUUUCUGUUCUUUACCCCGUGGGUAAUGUUUCUUUCACCGGAGCUACUAACUCGUGUUCAAUAUAUGGACCCUUAGAUGAACCGUUCAACAUCUCUAUCACUUUUCAUUUUGGAACCAAGGCUCGUGUGGCAUGGAAAGUAAACAACUUUUCUGUGGCUUCAUCACCAUACGAAACGCUUGGUAUCCUGGACAAAACUACCUGGCAACAGAAUUUCACAUUCCCCAGUAUCGAUGAAUACCCAUUGAUUGUGUUAGUCACAAAUGGGGUUAGCGGUAAGUUGCUCACCGCCACUAUUUUCAUCCAGGAAAAAAUAUCUGGGCUUAAGGCUUUUAAGUGGAACAGUACAAAAACGUCCUACCAAGGAUUCGAGACAAAAUUCAAUGUCUCCAUCUCGACCGGAACGAACGUUACUUACAAGUGGUAUUUUGGUGAUGGUAGCGAUGUCGUGGUGACGACAGAAAGCACCGUGAACCACAUAUACCACAAGUUCGGGACAAUUAAUACGACAGUUGAGGCAACAAACAUGGUAUCGUCAGUAAACUUCUCCUUUCUUGUAAAUGUUUCCAAUCCUGUAGAAAUCACAGUUCCUCCGUUUGCCGUUUUUAAUAUAUCAACCAAUAUUACGUGUAAACUUGCUGAACGUGGACCGGAAAUGUACACCGUUGUAUUACAGGUUGAUAACGAUUCAUUGGUUUCAUCAAACUGUAAUACUAUCCAGUAUGUUUUCACACCAGGUCUUCAUGAUAUCCAUUGCUAUAUCCAUAAAACAGUCGUUUUGCAUUCCGAAAUCUCCCUCUUCGCGGUCGAACCGAUUACAGGAUUAUCAAUUUUGGACAUACCUCCUCUAGCCAUUAAUACAUCAUAUGACGUUGAAGCCAACAUAACUAGCGGAAAUAAUGUGUCUUAUGAAUGGAAAAUCGGAUCAGAUGCGUAUGAUGCCUUUAUUAACAGUUCAUAUUCAAUUCCGUUUAAGACUCUCGGUGAUGCUGGUCGCGUAAAUCUGACAGUCACGGCAAUAAACGCUGUGUCUAAGAAGUCUGCAUAUCGAAUUGUUACGGUUCAAGAACCAAUCGGAAAAGUGAAAGUAAUUUCUUCCAGCAACCCAGCGAAAACUAACUCGACUGUAUAUUUUCGCGUCAACCUAACACAGGGCACCGAAGUCAAUUACACUGUCAAUAUAAACACCACAGAUUAUAAAGAUCUACAAUCUACUCCCAAAUUCACUCAUGUGUUCUCCCAAGAAGGUUCAUAUAUUAUAUUCGUUUCUUCAACGAAUCUUAUAAGUUCAUCCAACACCACUUACCCGAUUAUUAUACAAGAUCCCGUCAUCCCUCCCCUAGAAAUUACUUGUCCGUCAAUUUCACGAGAAGAUGGGACGUGUAUCGUAUUAACAAAAAAGCAACUCCAGUUCGUGGCAAAGAUACCGUAUGCAACCAGUCCAACGUUCGAAUGGCAAUGGGGAGACGAUGUAACCAACACUGACCGUCGUCCCAAUAUAUCUGUAUCAAUCACUUCAAGUCAAAAUAAAAAUUUUUCCGAUUUUAAGACGUACACGAUCGUCGUUGUUGCAAAAAACAACGUUAGCAACGUUACAAAAGAGUUGAACGUCGCAACGCUUCACGAAGUUACUGGUUUUACUUUUGAAACUCCUGAGGCAGUUGCUGUGAACACAAACUUCGUUGUUGAUGCAAAUAUUUUACAGGGUUCCAACGUCUCGUAUUCUUAUGAUGCUGGUGAUAAUAGGGAAGAGAAAAUUAAUGUUACCAAUCAAACUACAAGCUGGAACUAUACGAAUGUCGGCGUUUACCAAAUUAAAGGCAUAGCGAGCAAUCUAUUGAGUUUAAAACGUUUUCGGCGUGUGAUAGUCGUACAACGAAAGAUAACUGGUGUCAAUAUAGAGGUGAUCAAGUCAUUACAAACAAACAAUGUGACCAAUAUUAAAUGGAAUGUCACUGGCGGUACGAAUGUUACCAGUAUCGUGCGUUUUGGUGAUAAUACCAGUACAACCAUCAGUUACUCACAAUGUCAGUUUGAUGACUUAACCUCGACGUACAGUUGCAACGUGAAAAAAUCAUGGUCCAAAGCUGACAUUUACGAAGUGAAUAUUGAAGCAAGAAACCUUUUGAGUGUCAAGGGGUUUGGCAGUACAAAAGUUACAGUCCAGGAUCCUGUGCGUAAUUUUGAAGUGGAGAUCGAUAAGUCAUUCAAAAGUAAAGCAGGUGAGGGCAAGUUCUAUGUGAAUGAAGAAAUUCCUCUUGUUUUUCAUGCUCUCGGAACUAGCGUAAAAUUCAUAAUUUAUCGAAACGAUGGAACCAAUGACACAGAGUCUCCAUUGACACCAAAUUCUACCGACAUCAAAUACUACACUGCGGGCGAAACCUUUAAACCAUCAUUUAAAGCUUAUAACGACAUAAGUGAACGCCGCCUGAGAGAACACCUUACUAUUUCCAUUAUCCGACGUCCAGAACCUGUAGAGAUAAAAGACCUGAAAAUUUCUGCGAAACCUGUAAAGUUCCAUGAAACAACAAAGUUUGAGAUCGACUACGGAGAUGGAGCUGUAUUUAAAUGUUCUAUUUACUUUGGCGAUGGGAACGAUGAAGACAUAUUAGAAAAAGACUUAAAACAAGGUACGUCUUAUAAGUACAAAGAAGCCAAAAACUUCAAGGCCACAUUGACUUGCUGGAAUACCGAAGGCAGUCGAAACAAAAAAACAGAAUCUACCGACGUUUUCGUUCAUGUACCGAUCGAUGGCUUUAAACUGUUAAAAUCUUCCAUCGACGCGAUUUAUCAGGAGAAAAUUGAUAUCGCAGUUUCGUGGCAGAAAGGAUCACACGUGAAUGUGUUUGCCGUUGCCGGACAAAAUAGGCACAUAAAUGCGGAAAUAAUUCAUUACUCCAAGAAAUAUACAAAUGGUUCCGGCAAAGUCACCUUACCCGGAAACUAUUUUUCGGCACCUGGUCACUAUGUCGUGCGCGUUAACGCAUCCAAUGCCGUAUCACGUGAUUAUAAAGAGUUGACUGUACAUAUUUAUGAAAAGAUUGAUGGAACUCAAGUUAUUUUCAAUCCAUAUGUUUCUGUUCGUUAUGGUUUAAAAGCGUACGUUACAGUCGAUUAUGGAAGUGAAAUGCAAGUGACUUGGAAUUUUGGAGAUGGCACUUCUAGCAACUUUUCUAAUUGCACUUGGAAACAAACCUGUUCUUUCGAUCAUACCUAUUAUAGGGAAGGUAAAUUUGUAAUUAAAGUCAAAGUUAAGAAUGAUGUGAGCGAAGGUGAGAACAAUGGAACUAUAGAGAUUCAGCAUCCUAUCGUUCGGUUACAAAUUAUCACUUGAAGGUAAAAGUGUGGAGAAAAAAAUUACGAAAAUAAAAUUAGAAAACGGCAAGGAAAAUCCAUCGCCAACCGAUGCUAGUAUAAAUUCUUUUUAUCUUGUCAAAGUUGGAAAGAAGAUUACA